AUGCUACAACUCUUGAGCCCGAUUGGACCGUUCCUCCCGCUGACGAUGAUGGCGAUGCGAGUUGCGGUUUCUACAACACAAUGGAUUCGACCCUUUACGAUGCGCUUGAAUUAUUGCAGAAGAGAUCACCGUCUGGUAAGAUGCCCAAUAUAACCGUUGGCCAAAAACCGCUGGCCGUCGAAGCUGCAGAGCACAUGCUGGAAGAGAGUCUGAGGCUUCUGUUGGACCACCGUGUAGUGGGUAAUGUCAAGUUCAUCCCUGCUAUAGUCAUGCAGGAUUUGGAACAUUCCGUGGAGAUGAAGCCGUUCAUGCGUCAAAGAUAUCAGAAAGUGCAUAGACAGAUAGGGUACCUGUUGGAUACCUUCCUGUUGUGCACGGAGCCAUCGCAGCAUUACUUCUCUGCUGUGACAGUUGUCAAAGAUCAACUUGCACCUUCUUUCACGCAUGGCUGGAUCGAUGAACUUAUUUGGCAAAAACUGGUUUUGAAAGAUAUGUUGGUAUUAGACUCCGCCACUUGGAUUCAUGUGCCGUCUACAAAUAUCAUCAUGAUCCGAGUAUGUUACUACACCUGGGAGUUAGAUUCUCACUCAUAUUUACAGGUUUUAAUGCAAAAGUUGGAGAAAUAUCCUGGAAUUCAAUUUGGCUGGAGUCUGGAUGAGUACGGGCUCAUCAACUCGGCUGCUGCUCCUGGUGAUCCUCUGCUCACAUACAAGGAGCACAGUUACUCUCCAGAUCCGUUAUACAGCCUACCUUCGAGUUCGACCAUUGUGGUGUUCCCAUGUCUGCGGCUGACUAGUUACGGAGGACACAAACAUGUUCGUGCCAAGUAUGAGGAACUGCGAAGGAACCUAUCAACUCGAGCUUCUGGGCCAGAUUCAGCUGACUGUGAUGUACACGUGGAGCGCACUCUAGAUGAGGCAUACUAUCCAGGGCUCGAGCGAAAGAAUCUUCAGACCCGAAACAAAGACCAAAGUAUCUGCCACAAAAGCAUACCCGAAUCUGAAGAGCCGGAUGAUGAUUCACCUUUGCUGAUUGUACCGCAACUAUGGCUAUGGAGAAAGAAAUCGUUGCUUCUCACUGCCUACAGCUUUACACAAGAUCUUGGGGAUGUGAAAUUUGUGCAAAUGAAAAGCACAACGGCCGACCGGCCAAUCUACAUAUAUGAAGUAACGGAUGAAAGGCUUACUCUCAAUCCAUUGCUUCAGAUGGGACUCCUAAUGGCCACGUGCAUCGAGUACUUCGGUCAAGAACAGUUGCUACAAGGGAGCGACGUCAAAUCCCCGCCCACGCUCGUUCUCUACGAAAGACGUGUAGUGUCUGUACUCUCUGGGGUUCAGGACUACAUGCAAGCGUCGACACGCAACAGCAUCAACUACGAUGAGGAAAAGAAAUUUCACCACACCAUUGCGGACGUCCGCAGUGAACUUGCGAUGAUUCGGCAUUUUCUCACAGAGCAACAACAGAUCUUAGGCAGCCUAUUGCUCGAACACGACCCAUCACGAGCAGACAAGAAACAGAAGCCGCAUGUUCCUAGAGACCCAAAUCUAACAAGCGAAGAUUCACUUUGGAAAACGGUCGAAAAGGCAGAAAGCAAGCUCGCUCUCUAUCAAGACACAGUACAAAAGAUUGAUGGAGAUGCAGAGCGGAUAGGAGCAAGUAUCCAAGACAUGCUGAACUUGAAGCGUACGUAUGCCAGUGUCCAAGACUCACACGCGAGUGUGCUCCUCAGCACCGCUGCUCUUGGCUUCGCCAUCGUCACUAUCAUUUUCACGCCCUUGGCGUUUCUCACUGCAUUAUUCGCCCUUGAUAUCCAGGGAUUCGACAAGCUUCGCAAUCCUACUCUAUCAGCCGCUACGGAAAGUGCAGUCACUAUGGAUAAUCAGACUCUCGUCGUCAACGUCAACGUAACCUCGGAUGACUCGGUCUACAAUAGUGCCAAGAUGGGCGGCAUUUUUGUCGGUACAGAGAUCUUGACGAUAGUGCUGACUUUGCUUCUGGUAUGGGGUUCAUUGAAAUAUGUCGGUAUCAAUAUCGGCGACAUGCGCACUGCACACAAGGAGAGCAAAACACCAAAGGAAGAAAACAAAAACACAAGUGUCAGUGUUUUUGCUCGUGUCACGGCACCAGUAGCGAUAGAUUCAGUGCAGAAGCGGAGCCCAGUUGGUAAAGUAGAAAAUGUGUAGAUCACUGGGGAGUGCGUAACUCAGGGGUUAGCAAAAUACGGCAAAUUGAUUUUGAAUUUUAGCACACGUCUGCA